ACGCACACUGGUGCAAAACCGCCAAUCGAAAACAUGUGGCGAUACAACAAUCAUCGGGUUUUUGGGCAGCCGCGCGUGUGAGAAACGGCGAACCGUAGUGCGGGCAUAAGGGUUGGCCAUCGGGUUUUCUUCUCGUAAAGCCGAAAAGACGCUGAUGCCCGCCGCACCGAAUAAUCUACCGAAUGUCGUCUUCUUCGCUUCGCGCGCACACUGUCAGAUACGAACGUUGCGCCGUGCUGGUCGUGUGUGCCUCCCUGAUGCUGAGUGUUUUACUGGCGUUUUCGUUUUUUGUUUUUGUUUGAAGAUCGUGCCGUUUGGGAUAUUGUGAAAGCUUUCAUUUCAAUAUAGAAACAUUGCAUCAACGCUACAGAUACUAUUCCGAUCGGUACUACGAUCGCGAAGAAUAUUCACCUAGCUGUAUCUGUUGCCAGCAGCUGCUAAUCUCGCACCAGCUAGGCCACAAGUACGGUGGCGUUCGUUUACUAGUUGCACGGUACGAGUUUAACCAGCUGCAGCUUUAAUACGCGCACGAAACCCACGCUUGGGGGUGCGUGAAUAUGUUGUUCUCAUCGAUAAAUUUCUCGACAGUGUGUGUGAAUGUGCGUGGCCCUAGCUCGAGGCCCUUAAUGUUGCGAAACAAACGACAGUACGAGUGGUAAAGAAGCUGCGAAGAUGCUAGCCGUGAGAUGGUGCCGGCACCAUAACAAAAUUAUUAUCGUGCGAUCGAUAUCAACGAGAAGGGAGUCGAUCAAGUAGAAGGUGCAAUGGAAAGUGCUCGUUAUCGGGCUAGUUAUCGUUAGUGCAUUAGUGAUACAAACAAAAAACUUAUAUACACUACCGAACCGAACUGUGUUUGCGUUUGUUUUGCACAGCACUGUCCCGUUGCAGUUUGAUUGUGCGCGAGUGUAAUGAGAGUGAGCGUGAGCGCGGGAGAGUGAGAGUGUUAGAGCGCGGUACGCGUACAGGUGAGCUAGAACGGUUUGGAUCGUUUACCGUCUCAGUAUCGUUUCAAAAGUGACCAGAACCGGAAGUGAUUGUAAGCUCGACCGGAUCAACCCGGUACGGUACGGAGCGGACGCGAUGGAAGUCCUUAAGGAGCUUCAUCUGCCGGCGCGAAAUGGUGAUAAAACGACAGUUCCGAUGGAUCCGGUAAACGGGUACCUGCUAAGGACAGACGUUGACGAGGGCACGGUGCUCGGUACGGCCGGACCAAACCCAACACACGGUGCCAUCGGUGUAGGUGAUGUUGAAGCAUCGGGACCAUUACUGUUGCGAAGUACCGGGACAGCCGAUCGUGCGGUACCAGUACCGGUGGUGGUGAAUUUCGGUGGCCCCGGUAUGGCUACGAAAACGAGUACCCUGGCAGCCGUUGAUCGGCAGGGUAGUCGCAGUAGUGGUAGUGGUGCUGGUGGAGCCGUUGGUGGCAGUGGAAAGAACCCGCGUAGUAUGACACCAGGACGUGGUUUGCUAGGACCAAGGAUUUCGGCCAUCUUUGCCCGUCCAACAGUGCUUGGCGGAACGAUGCUUGUGCUGGGCAUCCUUAUAGGCAUCCUGUUGGUCUACCUUAUCGGUCGCUAUCGGCAGCUGGAUGGGAAAGCUUGCGGUGGAGAUCCAUUCGCACCUGGAUGCUCCGUAACGGACGAGUCCCGGCGGGAUAGUAACAUUUGCCUGACGGACGAGUGCGUUAGGACAGCUUCAUCGUUGCUGGCCGCCAUGGAUCGGACGGCGGAUCCGUGUAAGGACUUUUUCCAGUUUGCGUGCGGUACGUGGAACAAGAUGCACGUGAUACCGGAGGAUCGAAGCUCUAUCAGUACUUUUGAGGUACUUGCAGAUCAGCAGCAGGCGAUACUGAAGGGCGUCUUGGAGGAACCGGUCAACAAGGAGGAUAACCGGGCGACAAAGAAGGCGAAAGCAUUCUACAAGAGCUGUAUGAACCUUGAGCAAAUUCGUAUACUGGAUGUGCAGGCACUGCGGAAAUCCUUAAAGAAGCUGGGCGGUUGGCCGGUGAUAGAAAAGAAUUGGACCGUUCCGAACACCAGCAUCGAGCAUCUACUCGGUAAGCUGACGGGCGAGUACGACGAACCGGGCCUGGUUGAGCUGUACGUCGGUGCGGACGAUAAGAACUCCUCCAUGAACAUCAUACAGGUUGAUCAGCUGCUGUUGGCGUUACCGUCGCGCGAUUACUAUCUGAAGGAGAGUAGCGAGGGCGACAUGAAGGCGUACCACCGGUACAUGACACAGAUCGCGAUCCUGAUGGGUGCGGACAAGGACAAGGCGGCCGAGGAGCUGCAGCGGAUCGUCGAGUUUGAGGUGCGGCUAGCCAAUGCAACGUUACCGGAGGCCGAUCGCCACGAUACCAGUGCCAUUUACACGAAGAUCACCCUGCCCGAGCUACAGCGCCGGGUACCACAGAUCAACUGGAAGCAGUAUCUACAGACCACACUCGGGACGGUGGAACUGCACCCGAACGAAUCGAUCGUGAGCUACGCGAUGCCUUAUCUGGUGGAGUUGGGCAAGAUACUGCGUGACACCGAUCGGCGAAUUGUGCACAACUACGCCAUCUGGCGGUUGGUGAUGUCGAUUAUGACGCACAUGAUCGACGACUAUCAGAAGGAGCGGGUCGAGUUCCGGCGGAAGCUGCUCGGCAUUCAGUCGGAGCGUAACCGCUGGUCACAGUGCGUCGAAUGGACGAACAAGAAGCUCGGCAUGGCAGUUGGGGCAUUGUUCAUACGGGACAACUUCAACCAGGAAAGCAAGGAGACGGCCCUCACCAUGAUUCAUACGAUACGCGAGGCAUUCAAUGAGCUGCUGGCGGAUAUCGACUGGAUGGACGAUGAGACGCGGGCCGUCGCUAAGGAGAAGGCGGACGCAAUGAACGAGCGGAUCGGCUAUCCGGACAUUCUGACCAAUGCGGAAGAGUUGGAGAAGGAGUAUGUGAAUCUUACGAUCAGUGGUGGAUUGUUUUUGGAAAACAUUUUAAGCAUUCUCAAAUGGGAAGCUGAACGGAAUCUGCAGCUGCUGCGCAAACCGGUUGACAAAAACAAAUGGGCAACGGAGCCGGCCGUAGUUAAUGCGUUCUACAAUCCCAACAAGAAUGAUAUUGUAUUCCCGGCCGGUAUCCUGCAGCCACUGUUUUACAGCCAGAACUUCCCGAAAUCGCUGAACUACGGUGGAAUCGGUGUAGUGAUUGGGCAUGAAAUAACGCACGGUUUCGACGACAAAGGCCGCCAGUUCGAUAAGGACGGCAACAUGAUGCAAUGGUGGAACAAUGCCACAAUAAAGACAUUCCGCGAGCGGGCCCAAUGCAUCAUCGAUCAGUAUUCGCGCUACAAAAUCGACGAGGUCGGCCUGUACAUGGACGGUCGGAUGACGCAGGGCGAAAAUAUUGCCGACAACGGUGGGCUCAAGCAGUCAUAUCGGGCCUACCGCAAGUGGGUGAGCCAGCACGGGUCGGAACCGGACCUGCCGGGGCUGAACAUGACCCACGAUCAGCUGUUCUUUCUCAACUACGCCCAGAUCUGGUGCGGUUCGAUGCGACCCGAAGACGCACUAACCAAGAUCCGGUCGUCGGUCCAUUCGCCCGGCAUUAUACGCGUCAUUGGACCGCUCUCGAAUUCGCGCGACUUUGCCGAAGCGUACCGGUGUCCGCUUGGUUCGCCGAUGAAUCCUGUUAGUAAAUGUAGCGUUUGGUAAGGCAAAAGCUGGUCUUUAGGUGUAGUGUUUUUUUAAAAACUGUAAUAACAUUAACGAUAAUUAUUAUUGCUAUUCUUAUGAUUGCUGUAACUACUAUGAUUUCGUACAAAGGCACAUAUCAACAGUUGAAUAGUUGAGCUAUGUUUGUUCUAA